AUGGGCAAGGUGGGAAAGGGCCUUUUUCAAGAUGAGCCGGAAGAGGUCAGGAAAGUGGCGAUAAUUGGCCGGUUGUUUGGCGCAGAGCCCGAAGAGAGGCCAAGUUCCAAAAAGCCACGAGCUGAACGAUCGGCUUCUAGCUCUGCUCGCCCUAUUGUUUUAUUUGGGGAUGAGGGAGAGGAAAGAGAAUGCCGGCCGACUUCCCAGCCUCAACACAAUGAAGACUCGGACGAUGAAGGGGCAUCGCCUCAGCAGGCAACUUUGAAUCUGGACUGGUCCGCCAUGAAGCUCUUCUCCCACAGUUCGUUUCUACAGAAAUCUGUGGCGCUCAGCCAGCCGGAGCGAAAGAAGCGACCCUAUGACAAUACCAAGAGAUCUGAGCAAGCUGAAAACAACAUGAAGCAUGUUGUUACAUCCUUUAAGGAUUCUGCCUUGCAACCUGGACGACUAGAAGCGCUUUGUAAACAGCAGCAGUGCAAAUGUGCGUUGAAGACUUGCUUCAAGCAGCUUGACCUGACUGAAUGCAGGCGCUUCCUUGAAACUUUCUGGUUCGUGCGAAGAGGCCGCUCCGCAUCUGGAGAUGAUCCAGAACUGGAUAUUGAGGCAUCAGAGGUUGACCCAGAGGACAUCAAGGGAUGGCUUGAUCGCCCAG